AUGGAAGUUAUCGCUGAUUCUUUGUUGAGAAACUGUUAUAAUUCCAAUGGUGCAUCGAUGGUAUCCAUUCACCAUUCUAGUUUGUUAAAGUUGAAACUCGAUGAAGAGAUGGCAAAUUAUUUAUCUUUAGAUCAAAAUCAUAGAGCAGACCAAAGGCUGAAAAACACACAGCAAUCGACGGAAAACUCGAUGAGUGAGAAUUCCUGUCAAUUGUGUGGAGCGGAGGAACUUACAUAUGAACCUCCCCCUGUAAAUGGUGUGACAAGGGAUAUCUCUUGCGUUCCUGCAGUUCCAAAGGAGAGGCUUCAAAAGAAGAAAAAUAAUGAAGAAACUGAUGAAUGGUGGGUUCAAUGUGAUAAAUGUAAAGCUUGGCAACAUGAAAUAUGUGCCCUGUUUAAUGGACGGAGGAAUGAUGGAAAGCAGCAAAAAUACACUUGCGACGAAUGCUACAUAGGUGAGGUCGAAAGAGGAGAAAGAAACCCGUCACCACAAACUCUUGGUGCAAAAGAUCUACCCAAAACAAGAUUGAGUGAUCACAUAGAGAUGCGGCUUUUCAAGUGUUUAACGCAGGAUAAACAAGAAAGGGCUCAGUUAAACGGGAAGAGUAUUGAUGAGAUCCCCGGAGCAGAAUCACUUACUGUCAGAGUUGUGUCUUCUGUUGACAAAAUGUUGGAAGUGAAUCAGCGUUUUCUGGAAAUAUUUCAAGAAGAGAAUUAUCCUUUAGAAUUUCCUUACAAAUCCAAGAUAAUUCUGUUGUUUCAAGAGAUUGAAGGAGUAGAAGUGUGUCUUUUUGGCAUACAAGUUCAAGAAUAUGGCUCUGAAUGCCAGCACCCAAAUGAGCGUGCAGUGUAUAUUUCACAUCUGGAUUCUGUCAAAUACUUCAAACCUGAAAUAAGAACUGUUAGUGGGGAGGCUCUUCGUACAUUUGUAUAUCAUGAAAUUCUGAUAGGAUACCUUGAGUUUUGCAAGCUACGAGGAUUCACGAGAUGCUAUAUAUGGGCGUGCCCUCCCUUGAAGGAUGAUGACUGUAUCUUUCAUUGCCAUCCGGAAAUUCAGAAGACACCUAAUUCUGAGAAACUCAGGGAGUGGUUUCUAGCAAUGCUACGAAAAGCUUCAAAGGAAAACAUUGUGAUUGAGCUCACUAAUAUAUAUGAGCAAUUCUUUAUCUCUACUGGAGAAAGUAAGGCCAAGCUAACUGCUUCUCGGUUGCCUUACUUCGAUGGUGAUUUUUGGCCUGGUGCUGCCGGAGACAUAAUCAAUCAACACCAUCAAGAAGAGGCCGAGAGAAGAACACUACGAAACAAAGGGAAUACCCAAAAGAUUAUGACAAAAAAGGUUUUAAAAGCUUCUGCUCAAGCUUAUACUCUUGCAAAUGCUGCAAAAGAUCUUCUUUUAAUGCAAAAGCUUGGUGAGACCAUAUGCCCGAAAGAAGAUUUUAUCAUGGUACACCUGCAACAUUCAUGCAACCAUUGUGGUAAACUAAUGGUAUCUGGAUACCGUUGGGUUUGUAUCAGUUGCAAUAAAUUUCAGCUUUGUGACAAGUGCUAUGGUGUAGAGAAAAAACUAGAGGACAAAGAUAAGCAUCCUAUCAGUAGUAACGAUAAACAUGUUUUUCAUCCGGUUGAAGUAAGGGAUGUAGCAGAAAAUACUGAGGACAAGGAUGAGAUUCAGCAUAGUGAAUUCCUUGACACUAGACAAUCAUUUUUAUCUCUAUGUCGAGAAAACCAUUAUCAGUUCAAUACACUGCGAAGAGCAAAGCAUUCGUCAAUGAUGGUUUUAUAUCAUCUUCAUAAUCCAACUUCCUUUGCUUUUGGUAGUACAUGCAACGUAUGCCAGCAAUACACUGAAGCAGGUCAAAUAUGGAGGUGUGGAAUCUGCCGUGACUACGAUGUAUGCAAUUCUUGUUUCCAGAUGGAUGGCGGUGUUAAUCAUCCUCAUAAGUUAACAAUCCAUCCAUCAACUGCUCAUGGCGAUGCACAGACUUUAGGAGCUCGGAAAAUUCGAGUUUUGCAGUUUGAAAACAUGCUUGAUCUUCUGGUCCACGCGUCUCAAUGUAGACAUAAGCAAUGCUUGUACCUCGACUGCCGUAAGGUUAAAGGGAUAUUUCGCCAUGGUAUACAAUGCAAAGUUCGUGCUUAUGGAGGUUGUAUUCGUUGUAAAAAAAUGUGGUGUCUCAUUCAAGUUCACGCUAGAGCAUGCAAAGAAUCAGAGUGCCAUGUGAUGCGUUGUAGGGACUUGAAAGAACAUUUGAAGAGGUUGCAAGAACAAUCUGAUACUCGGCGUAGAGCAUCCGUGAUGGAGAUGAUUAGGAAAAAAGCCGCAGAGGCGACUGUGCUGAACAAAAUGGAUAACAUCUCCGUAGGAGAAGCUGUGCUGGAUAAAAUGGAAGAAGACUACUACUACGUUGCAGGCGUUGUGGUGGAGAAAAUGGGCCACCUCUCUGUAGGGGAGGCUGUGCUGGAUAAGAUGGAUGAACACCACUCCACGGAUGAUGAGUGGAUAUGUGUAUAAAAAGAUAGAGUGAA